CUUGCUGUGAUGCGCCCAUCUCCCGAUGGCGAUAUUUCCUAUAAUAACGAACGCAGCACGGCGCUGUUCAUUCCCAAAGUGUCCCGCUGCAGGACAGUCUGUGUGAACUCGGGAGGGGAAGCGCUACGCUGUUCAAACUCCCAGGAUUUACACUCUGCCAUUUUGAGGAAAACCGACCGACAUCAAGAGUACGGACGCGUCCAUUACAACAGAAGUCAUGACCCGAAUUAGUGAACGACCCCUGUGAAUUUAUGAGAAGGCCUCAGGGGGGCAGUUGACCCAACAAAGGAGGAAUUGCUGAUUUGAACUGUCAAUCAGCCCAAUUCAGCCAUGUGUUCCACAAAUCACUCAAACUGGGUCACAUUUGAAGAUGACAGCACACCGCUCUCGUCACCUCAAAAGCCCCUACAGUCGCCAGGGCUUAUCAAAGCAUCGGUACCGCGUCCCAAUGGACUGAAAUUAGUCCUUCCCCCGAUCAGAGACACCUCCUGGAGCUUCAAUAGUUCUCUGGAAUCACCUCAAAGCCACUCCAGUCUUAGUGGAAGUUCCUGUGUACCGUGUAACACACCCUCUUGCACUCCUGUGAGUGAGAUUCCUAACAGUGCGUCCCCAUUUCACUCCAACACGGGGGAAAAGAACGACUUCUUCCGGAGUUUCUCCAGCACGUGUACCACCUCAGUUCCCUCGCCUGCACCCGAGGAUCAAACCUCAGAGAGCCCACGCCCUUUCCCUUCUUUCCAGGGGCGCUCAGGACACUAUAACCCCUUCUGGGAUGGAUCUAGACACAGCGCAGAUGUGGACAGCUCCUCCUCAGACUCAGAAGCUGAAAACAGCCUACCACGUUUCUUCAUACGGACCAAAGACGGCAGUGAGCCUCCGCGUGACCACCUCCAGAGCUCCUUCUCCUACGUUUGCCACCAACUGGAAGGCCUACGGGCAGGAUCGGAUCGGGAGACGGAAAAAGAUGGGGAGAGGCGGCUGAGUUGCAAAAGCGAGGUGCUCAGCGAGGGUGCGUCGCAGUUCGUUCCUCGGGGUCUGUUUCGUAGCCAGAAGAGAGACGGCUGGUCUGUCUUGCUCAGGAUUCCUGAAAAAAAGAACCGCAUGUCCUCGCGACAGUGGGGGCCAAUCUACCUGCGCUUGCUGCCGGGAGGUGUGCUGCAGAUGUACUACGAGAAAGGGCUGGAGAAGCCGUUCAAGGAGUUGCAGCUUCUCCCCCAGUGCAGGCUCUCGGAUCUUAAACUGGAAAGCUACGGCGAGCCCCGCAAAGUCCUCUCGGUCAAGGUGGAACAUUUCUCGUACACGGAAAAGAAGCGCUACCACCCGAAGCUGGAGGUCAGUCAUGAGGCGGAGGCGGAGGAGCUGCUCAAGUUUGGCUCCACAGUGCACGAUGACAUGAAGGACCUGGUCGUCUCCAUGGAAGAGGAAAUCUUCAAACUGUGUUUUCACCACCAGCAGAGGCGGCACUACGAGGAGCAGGAGCUGUCCUUGCAGAUCACCGAUCAUAUCUGGAUACAGCUGGAUAAGUUUGGAGAUGUCAUGGAGCGGACAGCCUUCACCCAGAUUCACUGUCUGGCUUUCCUGAACGGACUCGGGGAUUGUUUUCUUGCCCUCAACGAUCUCGGGCUCAUGCGCUUUGACUCCAGCUAUGGGACUGAGGAGGACGGGGAACUCUGGAUGGAGAUCGCGGACUGCCAUUUUCACAAGUCUGUGAAUGAGACCGAGUUUCAGAGGUCCCGGCUCGUAAAGUUCUCACCUCCUGAGGCCUGCAGGGUGGAACUGAUGCGCUAUAAGACGGCGAUUUUGGGCUGCACAGAAAUUCCCUUCUCGGUCAAAGCUGUUGUCACAGUUCAAGGUGCCUAUGUGGAGCUGCAGGCCUUUCUUAACAUGUCGGCCACCUUCCUUUCUGCAGUGGGGGUGUCCGACACGUACCCACUGUGUGAGAAUGUAGUGAUCCGCGUGCCGGUUCCAGGCAACUGGGUCAAAGUGACGCAGACCGUGGCCUUGCUGCGGCAGAGGUCACUGAAGGCCCGUAUGAACAGAAAUGCCUGCUUGGGCGCUGUCGGCUCUGCAGAUUCACAGCCUGUCAUGCAGGUGACCAUCGGCACUGUCAAGUAUGAGAAUGUAUACUCAGCCGUCGUGUGGAGGAUCGACAGACUGCCCGCGAAGAAUACGGCGGUGGAUCAUCCCCAUUCAUUUUCCUGCAAGCUGGAGCUGGGAUCCGACCAGGAGAUCCCAAGUGACUGGUACCCGUUUGUCACGAUGGAAUGUGAAAUUAUGGGUGCAGUCGUGUCACAGACCAGGGUGAAGUCGCUGGGCACUGCGAACGACAUCCAGCCGCAGAAACAUGUAACCAGUUGGACGCGCUAUCAUUGUCAGGUGGAGGUGGAAAAGAAAUGGAUUGAAACGGAGUCACAGAAGCAAUCCGGCUGCAUGACGCAGUGAUGAUCAAAGAAGCUCUGACGAGGACGUUAUCCCUUUAGUCUAUAUUUGCCAAAAUCGUCUUGACGGUGAAAAGGAAUGAUAAAAGAAAUGAACAAACGAGGGUGAUGAGGGACUUUCUGCUUAUAUCUGGUAUCAAAUUCAUGUAAUUACUCAUAGCCUGGUAGUAUUUCUCAUGGAGGUUCCUCGAUUUUGUAUCCUUUAACUUAGACUGAAUUAGUCUAGACCUAAUAAAAAAAAAAAUGUGUUCCUUUUGCCUAGCACUUUACAUUUAAGAGAUUUAUUAACUGUGCGCCUGUUUAUAAGAGUACUGUAUAUAAGCUUGCAUUUGCGUCAUCUGCACUGCCCUCCAGAAUGAUUGGCAGCCUCAAUAAAUGUACGCCGAACAAGAUAAAUGAGAUAAACAGCUUAAGUAAUGAGCAACAUUCAAAGUGUUUGAGAAUAAUUUUUCAUCAGCAGAUGUUUAGGGUCAGGCCCUGUUGUUGCCCGGCAACGUUUAAAGUUCACACACUUCCAAACUUAUUAAUUUCGCUAUAAUCCUCAACAUUUGUACUAAAUUCUAUGCGACAGUUGCAUAGCAAUAUUUUGCCGUCCCCGUUGUAUCAUUAAGCAUCACAACAAAUCUGAAAAAUAAGUGGAUUAUGAGUUAUGCGAUUAUAGUUGUACAAAUACAUUGUUUCAAAGGCAGGUCACUUCAUGCUGAGCCCUGUCAGCAUUUGUCUGAAGUGUCCCAAAUCACAAUAAUUAGGGUUGAACUGACUUUGACUCAAAGCCAGUGAGACACGCUGAUUAAAAGGUUCAAAGCAACAUGAGAGAAACCAUAAUUAUAUCAUUUUUCUCACAAUGUCUUUGGCCCAAAAGGCUGCAAAAUAAUGUCCUAUUUGAGGGGUUUGCCAAACAGGUGCAUUUACUAAAUGAGACAGUAGUUGCAGUUUGAAACUAACCCAACAGGACUGACCCGCCUUUUGAGCGGUUCUUCUAAAGGUUGUAGAGUAGUAGCAGCUAUUCUCAAACUCGUCAGGUCCGAAAUGUACUGUGCAACAUAAGGGUACUACUAUUAUUAUUAUUAUUAUUAUUUGUAUUAUUAUGCAAUACAACUCAUUACUUGUGUUGCUUACCUCAAAUUGACCUUUGACUUUAUACUAAGGCUGUGUUCUGGAGGACUGUAAUUAUAUUUAAACAAAAAAAGCAAAUCUUUAUUACGUUAUUUUUCUGCCUCUGGGUUGUGAAUAGGUUGGAUAAAAUAAUAAAGAAAGACUGUUGAGGCUUCAUAGUGAACAACAAGGCCUUCAGUGAUGACUUUAAUGUGUAAGGUACCUGGCUUAAGCUGGAUAUUAUGUACAUCAAGAGUAAAGAAUUUAAUUAAAA